CACAACGCACAAUACGCACACGCUCAUAGCAAACAGCUUCGAAUACAGUCUGAUCCAGCCUUGACCCAGUCGUCAGUUUGAGGGUGCCUGCCACUGACUAAUUAACUGUUCGCCCCAUCGCACCUCUGGGAGAUUUUGGCAGCGUUUAGAUCGGCGGCGCACACACCAGAGCUCACAUUUUUGUUUCUUUCAUACGAGCCAGUCAGUAGUCAGUGUCUGCUUGCCUGCCUGCCUGCCUGCCUGCCUUGUCCUGUCCCUUGGGCCCAUGCAUGGCAAGCUCAAGUGUGUAAGGUAGACUCAUGCUACGCCGCACCCCGCUGGUGACUCGCAGGUUUGUCCAUCUCAUGAAACGAAAACUGGACACGGCAACAUCAGACGGACGUCCGACGCCUGGCAUGGGCUCCAUCAUACUCAACCCCCGCGAGAAGCAGUUCAAGGCUCUGCUGCUCGAUGUCGCUCGGGGCAUACCAGCCAAGCCCGAGCCAGUGGCUCUGCGGUGGGCUGGUGGCUGGGUCAGGGACAAGCUGCUAGGCACAGAGAGCCACGACAUUGAUGUUGCCAUUAGCUGCAUGACCGGCGAGGCCUUCACCAGGGAGCUCGUCGCCUUCUGCAACGACGCUGCCAACCGUGAUCGCCAUGGCAUCUCGGAGGGUGACAUUGGCAACCUGCACAAGGUCGCCGCCAACCCCGACAAGUCCAAGCAUCUCGAGACUGUGACGACGCGCAUGUUUGGCCUGGAGGUCGACUUUGUCAACCUGCGCAAGGAGACGUACACAGAGGACAGCAGGAACCCUCAGAUGGAGUUUGGCACCGCCGAGGAGGAUGCCCUGCGUCGCGAUGCCACCGUCAACGCCUUGUUCUACAACAUACACACCAGCGAGGUCGAGGACUUUGUUGGAGGCCUGCGCGACAUGGACCAGAAGCUCAUCCGGACCCCACUGGAGCCGUUGCAGACCUUCAAGGAUGAUCCGCUGCGUGUGCUUCGCCUUGUGAGGUUUGCCAGUCGCCUGGGCUUCACCAUUGACCCUUCUGCAGAGAAGACGAUGAGUGCUCCGGAUGUGCUCGAGGCCCUCAGGCUGAAGAUUAGUCGAGAGCGUGUUGGUGUUGAAGUUGAGAAGAUGCUCAAAGGCAAGCAUCCAAGAGACUCUUUGCACCUGAUAGACAGGUUGCAGCUCUACCAGGCAAUAUUCACAGAUCCGAGUCGCACCAACCUCCCGUCGCCAGACCUGUCCAGGUGGAGCACGGCAUAUGAGUGCAUGAACCAUCUGACAACUAACACAACCCCGGGCUCGAUCUACCAUGUGCUCGUCAGAACAGAAGAGGAGGCCUACUUUUGCUGGAUUCUCACCGCCAUCUUGCCAUGGGAGGUUCUGGAACUGCCCGAGGAGAAAAUCAAGGGGUCGCAAACCCUUCCGAUAGCCACUCUGGCAGCAAGGGAGGGAAUCAGGGCAAGCAACAAGCUGUGUGACAUUGUCACUGCCACCCACCGCAACAGGAAAGAGAUACAAAUGCUCAAGAAGGCUGUUUGCGACAAUGAGCCAUAUGUGAAGGAGCGUGACCGUAUGGGAAUGGCUGUACGCCGAUGGGACACCCGUGUUGGGAACUGGAGGCCACAGGUUCUAGCUGCCGCCCUCGCCGAAGUCAUGACCUGCGCCGAGCCGGGAUCAGUAAAGAGCCGAGAUGAAGUGUUGAGCGGGUGGCAAAAGUUUCUGGAUCACCUGGAAGAACUCGACGUACUUGAUGCGCCUGCUUUGAAGAAAAUCAUAGACGGCAAAACGCUCUCCAAGGCACUCGGAGUGAAGCCGGGCCCUUGGAUGACCUCUGCAUUGGAUGUCUGUGUGGCCUGGCAACUUCGAAACCCCGGUGUCACGGACACAACAGAGGCCGUUGAGGAGGUUCGGCAACGAGCAAAGGAGUUAGGUAUCACUUUGAGUAAAUAAGAGUCAGGCCUCUAUUUUUCAGUCGCAAAUAGGGCUUUGUCAAUUGGGAAUUGAUGAGCCCGAGAUACAUCUUGUCUCCAUAGGGGCAGGUUUAAGAUGGUGAGACGGUAGGCCUCAGGUUGGCAGUACGUUGAGAAUUCGAGAUACCCAUUUGAACUUGGAUCAAUUCGCGAAACAUACCUAGCGUGUCCUUUCUUUGAUCUUCUAAUAUCGAGAACAUGGGACAAGAUAGUAUGAUAUUGUGUCAAGUGAGCCCAGAAUAAUGCAGUAUCGUAGUGGAAACGCUAGAAUUCCUGCCUACCUACCUUUUCACGGCUAAAAAAAAUACUUACUGAGGGCACGGACUGCGUGCGAUAAAAGUGACUGCUGAGUACUGGAAGUGG